GAAGCGAUCGCGUUGGUGCUGGGGGGCCUCGGGGCGGCCCAGGACGGUAGCAGCCCGUGCGAACCCCGCCAGUACGAUUACGAUUCGGUCGUGUGCGUGUGCACGGCGGAGUACUGCGACUUUCCGGGCGUGAUUCACGCCCCGGACGACACUGAGCUCUACACGGCCGUCACGUCGAGCAGGGACGGGCUCCGGUUCGAGACUCAACACCUGCCGUUUGCCGACCGGACCGACGAGACGACGACGAGGACCCGCGUGCGGGUGAACCGGCAGGAGGAAUACCAGAGCCUGCUGGGAUUCGGCGGGGCGUUCACGGAUGCGGCCGGACUCAACAUCAAGUCUCUGGAGCCUGCGGCUCAGGAACUCAUCAUCAGAUCCUACUUCGCCCCAGAGGGAAUCCGCUACAACAUCGGCCGCAUC